AAAUACUCCAAUACUAUUAUUCUCUCCUUCCAAUAACGGACGCAUAGCUCAACUAACAGGGAAACAGUAGAGCAGAAGUGCAGAACAGCGCAGCUCCUCCCAUAUCUUCUCCGCCUACCAAAUCUACUCAGAGAUUUCCCCAGCGCAGAACUGUACAAAUCAAAAAUUUCGCCGGAAAAUAGGAAUCACGAGGGCGAACUCGCGCGUCUCUAACGCGAUACAGAGGGGAGCUAUUUCGGGAGAAUUGAACUGGAAAGGAAGGAGCCGCGGAUUUCUCGUCGAGUUCACCUCUGAUGAAUUCGCGUCUGCAAUUCGAUCCGCUGCAAUCUGGACUGUUCGCAUUGCUUCGAUCGCGGGAGACUUAGAGAGACGAGUGUGACGGCGGAAGACGACAGUGUGGUGUGGGGAGAAUGGAGGAAAGAGGCGGUGGAGGAUCGUUUGUGGCGGUGAGGAGGAUAUCGCAGAGCCUCGACAGGAGCAACACUUGCCAUUCUUCUUCUGAGGUUGUGGCAGGGUCAGCUGCAUGGCUUGGCAGAGGGCUUUCAUGUGUUUGUGUUCAAAGAAGAGAAAGUGAUGCUCGUCUAUCAUUUGAUUUGACACCUUCACAGGAGGAAUGCUUGCAAAGACUACAGAGCCGUAUAGACAUUACUUAUGAUAGUUCACUUCCUGAACAUCAGGAAGCUUUAAAAGCUUUGUGGAAUGCCGCCUUUCCUGAGGAGGAACUCCGCGGCCUAAUAUCUGAGCAGUGGAAGGACAUGGGUUGGCAAGGUAAAGAUCCAUCUACUGACUUCAGGGGUGGUGGAUUUAUAUCACUGGAAAAUUUGUUAUAUUUUGCUAGGAACUUCCCUAAAUCCUUCCAGGAUCUUCUUCGAAAGCAGGAAGGUGACAGGGCCAUGUGGGAAUACCCAUUUGCUGUAGCUGGUGUUAACAUCACAUUCAUGCUUACCCAGAUGCUUGAUUUAGAAGCAGUAAAACCACGCAACCUGGUAGGAGCAGCCUUCUUGAAGUUUCUGGCAGAAAAUGAAUCGGCAUUUGACCUUCUAUACUGUAUUGCAUUCAAGCUGAUGGAUCACCAAUGGCUUGUCAUGCGUGCAUCAUACAUGGACUUCAAUACUGUUAUGAAGGCUACACGGCGGCAACUGGAAAGUGAACUUCUACAAGAUGAUGUGACACGGCUGGAAGAUUUGCCCUCGUACAACCUCCUUAGUUGAUAGUUUUGUACUUCUAACGUUUCAGAGUGGAAUCUCAAAAAGAAAUGAUUUCCACGUGCAAGAUCUGUGGCAUUUAUUGGUUUUGGUUUUGGACUUUUUUUUUCUACAAAGGUUAAUUCUCCCCUUGUUUUCUACUUUUCUUGGACUCAAUCGUGCUUGUUAAUGACAUGUUUCACACUUUCAAGUCUUUUAUCUUGUCAAUGUUGGAUGUGAAGGAAAGAUUUUGGUCA